CAUGUGAAAAUUUUCUGAAUCCGCCACUGCAGAUUUGCUUUUUUUUAACCAUAAAGUGAGCAUUCGAUGUCCAAAUUCAUAUAUGCUUGAGCCCACAUGCUGUAAUCUCCUUGUCCUCUCGAUCCAUUAGGUUUGUUGCUGAUCCAUAUUCAUCUUAAGAGCAUUAUCACCUUAAAAGCACAAAACAACAUCAAAAGGCGUCAAAUAGUACAAAAACACACUCAAAGUUUACAUAAACACAUUAUUCAAAUAAUUAUGAAUUUAAUAUGAAAUAUAACCAAAACCACUACAAAUACAUUUAUAGAAGGGGAAACUGUAUCAAAUAUGAGAGUGAAACACUAUAGAUUGAGUCCAAUUAGUCAUCACAUGUAUUUAAAUUCUAUUGAAGGCAAAAAAAAGUCCACUCUUUGAAUGGAAAAAAUUGAAAAUUAAAAUAAAUAAAAAUGGGAUUUUUUCAUCUCUCACUUCCUUCAUCUUAAUUCUUCACGAUGGAGGGGAGAUAUAUGACGAAACUUGUUUGCUAAUGGGAUUUGGAUGUUGUAUUUGGUCUCUAAAUACCAAUCAUCAUGUUUUUGGUUAAAACCAUUGUUUGUUAAGGCAUGCAAAUCCGUGGGGCCCACGGUUUCGGAUAAUUUUUUUAGCUCCAAAUCCAUAGACCCCAUGUAUUUGCAAAUACCAUAUUAUAUUUCGUUUGGUAUUUGGUUAUGGAAGACAAAUUUUUUAGACCCAAAUACCAAAUCAACUAAAUCCAUGAUAAAAAAAAUCUAACUAAACAAACAAUGUUAUUUUUCAAAUACAAAAUGCAAUAAAUCCAUCCUAAAACCAAAGGUUUUCAAAACUCAAAACCUUCAUUUUCAAAUCCAACAAGCAAACCAGCCCGUAACACAAUUCAUUGAUCUCUAUGAUCAUUUGAUUUCUCAUAUUAUUAAAAUGAUGUAUUGAUUUCUCCCAUAUGUAAAUUAGCUGUUUAACCCUGUUCUCUUAAUUGCUACUUAAACAAACAACAUUUUUGUCAUUAAUUAAAUAAAACCAUAUAGGGAUGGCAAUGGGUCGGGUUGGGCGCGGAUAGUGCGUAUCCGUUACCCUACCCAAAGUAGUUCGGGUUUUACCCAUACCCAUACCCACAUAAGAAAUGGGUAGAAAAUCAAAACCAUGCCCAUACCCGUUCGGGUUUCGGGUAUCCACGGUUAUCCAUGGGUACUAAUUUCUCUUUAUAACUCCAACUAAUAUGUUAACAUUCACACGUAUUCUCACAUUACAUAAGAGGAAAAGUACGACCAUAAUUAACUAGAAUGAAGAAAAUUAAUCAAAACGACACAAUUACAUGAAAAUAUUAUAUUUAUAUGCUAAAUAUAAAAUAUAUUAGAAAAAAUAAUGAUUAUUUAUAUACAAAAUACAUAUGCAUGUGUAUAAUCAGGCGGGUUCGGAUUGGAUAGUGAGAAAUCCAUGUCCACCCAUUACCCGCAAUAUUCGGGUUCGGGUUUUACCCGUACCCACAAAAAUUUAUUCGGGUUCGGGUUUUACCCUACCCGAUUAGGUCAGAUUCGGGUGGAUAUCCAUGGUUACAGAUAUUUUUGCCAUCCCUAAAACCAUAUGAUGCAUAUAAAUAGAUAGGUAGAUAGAGCAUAUCAUGAUAAAUCGAUCAUCAACAUGAGCCCACAAAUAAGGCAAAGAAACAACGGACCUCUAUCAAAAGGGCUCAUGCAUUAUACUUCCAACAAUAUCCAUGGAUGACUUCCAUUGCCACAUGCAGAUGCAGCUUAGCUUGGCAGGCCGCAAUCUGUGACGAAGAGUGCGAUGAGAAGGCAACAUUGGCAAGCGUCGUCAUUGUGCUGCUUCGCUGGUAUAACAUAGUAAACAGCUGUUGCAUAAGGAAUGGAUGCACCCCUUUUCUCACUCUGUCUUUGAUGCAACAACUGUUUACUACGUUAUCUCACCGAUCCGAUCGAGGCAACUGUUGAUUCUCAUACUCUAUCAAUAAACUUUUGGCCUUUCUUCUAGCUUAUUCAUGUCUGAGAAACUCUUCUUCUUCUUCUUCAACUCGUCCUUUUAUAACUUGAGAAUCAUAUCAUCACUUGGAGAAGCAAGCACGUAACGUAAUUUGAUGGACUUGUUUCCCAUUUCAUUGAUCGAAGGACUUGAACGCAAUGUCAUCAUUGAUGCAACAAUUCAUUAAUUAUGUGGCAAUAUCAGCUGGUAGAGGGAAUGUGUUGCAAAAUUGAUUGACCACAUCCCCUCCUCGCCUCUCAAACCCCAAGCUUCAUUUUCCCUUUAUUUUGUUUGGAACCAAAAUAUAAAUCAACCACAAUGCCGAUCUUCAUGAUUUUGAGACGAUGGUUCACGUACGUCCGGGCGCAUAGAAGAAGUUCAGCGAUCGAGAUGUAGCUUGCCAGAGACAAGUCGUGGGACGCAACUGUCGAAGAGAAGAAGAAGUAGUAGUACACCAUCAAAGUUUCCUAGCUACAAAACUUAUGAUUCCCAAUUUUUUCCGUUGAUUUCUCAACUUCAAUAACUCUGUUGUUGCGGUUGGGAUCUGUGCAUUCUUAUAGGACUGUUACGUUUAUUCAAAUUGAUAUGGUAAUUGAUUUGAUUCAUGAAUUAUUAAUUAAUUAAAGUAUAAUUUUAUGGAUUUCAAAGCGGUUAAUACCACGUUUGGUCACUGGGUUUAUCAAAACGGGUCAUGUUUAGUCACUAGAAAAAAAUUAAUAUCAAUUUUGGUCACUCGAAUUAUUGAAACUAUCCACAUUUAGUCACUCUCUGUUAGUAUCCGUCCAACUCUGUUAAUGAAGUUCAUUAUGUGCUGACAUGGCUAACGGAAUCGCUUAGUUAGCACCGUUUAGGCCUAAAAAUGGUGAAACCCGACCCACAACGUCACAAAAGCGCCCAAUUCAUAUGCCUAACCCAACACAUGAACCCAACCCGACCCAUGAACCAAACCUGACCCCACUUAACCAAACAAAAGUGCAAAAUAAAUCGGUUAAGGGGCCAUUUUCAAACCCGAUACCUUUCUCCUCCCAUCGCGAACCUCUGUACCUUCCUCUACCAUUUUCGAUCGAAAUUAUUAGAGAGCAGGGAGAGGUGGAGCCAGCCACGCCACCCCCUUGACCCCCUUGUCCCAUAUCCUCCUUCGAAGUCGCUCCGUUCUUCUUCUUCUUCUUCUUCUUCUUCUUCUUCUUCUUCAUCGCGCGCCAACGUCAUCUUCCCCUAUCUCAACAUACAACGAAACCUAAAUCGAGGCAGAGUUUCUACUCUCUUCUUUCCGAAUGUAAAUGUAAGUGGUUUCUUUGCUUUUUAUGGUUAAAAGCUAUUCUGGAAAAGAGAAAGGGGAAAAUAAAAGCGACGAGGUUGCAUGUUUUCUUUUAGGGCUCUCUUUUGGCUUUAUUUUAUACUAAAAUUUGCACGCUCUUGUCAUUUCCCAACUCACCAUUCCACGAGAGUACCAUGGUGGGGCAUGUGAGGGCACCAAAUGCAGUUCAACCUCAUUACUGUAAGUUUCCCUCUGUUUUUGCUCAUCUUUAUGGCAGACUUCAGUGGUUGUAUCAUAAAGUUCGACAAGGAUAACACUUGGUUGUCGUUUUGGAAUAGAAAAUGCAGAUUUUUGUGGGGAUGACCAAGACCAACAACAAUUGUUUGACCUUCUUUCUUUUUAUACAAGUUGCUUUUAUGAGUUUUCACUCUAGUCUUUACGGUAGAGAGUAGUUUUGGGUUGUACCAUUUCAUAGUUGAACUUUAUUAGAGAUAAGGACAACAUUUGGUUGUCAAUUUGGAAGAAAAAAUGCAUCUUCUCGUGAGGAUGACCAAGCACUUUUGUUUAUUUUAUUAUAAGUUGUCUUUAUGGACACCAACCACUUACAUGCUGCUAUUUUCUCUUAUUAACAUGUGCUUGCAGUGGGGAGUUCACUUUUGAAGUGCGCGUGUCACACGAAUUGAUGAAGAAUCUGAGUGGCAAGCAUUUCCUCAACGAGAAGGAAACUAUAUUUUGGGACUACGCAGAUAUUGAUGAGCUAUCAGUGUUGGACUUACCUGCCAUAUACGAGGCAUGUGGUGGGAGGGUUAAGGAUCCGAUUUUUUUUUUGAAAGUCUCCUUGCAAUGCUUCAAUGUCAAAAAUUACUAAUGGCGAUCGAAGAAAUUCUAAGCAUGGAAAUUGUAGCUAAUGAAGAGCAAAGGGUCAUCAAAUUAUAUGCUAUCUCCAAUAGUGAUAUUGAAGAUUUCAUGCAAAAUGGUUGGAGAACGUGAGAGAGUGAAGUUCGAGAAUAAAGUCAAGCAAGGGUGAUGAGUUGAGUGUCAAGUGGAUAGUGGCUAUGACGAGGAAGAAGACAAUGAUAUGUACAUUUCGAAGAAGAAUAUUUUAGUGAUGGCGGCAAUGCUCAGUUUGAAGAACAUGUAAACCAAGAUGUGGAAUCUGACAUGGGCAGCUUUAAAGGUGGACAUGGACACCCUAAAAUAGUUGAGCAAGGGUCUUAUUCUGUGGACUCCGAUGAUCGUAUGAGUAUUGUAAGUUCAGACUCGGAUGAUGGGUACCAAUGUGAGGAGUUUCGGGUUGAUCGACACAUGGAGACACCUACGUUUGUUGCUUCCCAAAAAUUCAACAGCUUUGCAGUUCUGAAAGAAGCAAUAAAGCAACAUGCUUUCAUAGAGAAGAGGCAAAUUAAAUUCAAAAAGCAUGACAAGAUCCGUCCGCAAGCAGUGUGUGAAUCAUCGUACAAUUGUUACAUAUGGGCUUCGAAGAUGAGUCUAGAAGAUUCUGUCCAGAUUAAGAAAUGCAAGGUGGUGCAGACACCUGAUUGUAGAAAGACCUUCAAAUUCAAGUAUGCAACGAAAAAGUUUUUAGGGGCCAAACUAGUUAGGAAGAUGGCAGCUAAUAGGACAAUGAGUAAGGCCUUGGUAAAUACAUAGUCAAAGAAGAUUACAAAGAAGAUGUGAGGGACAAGAAGGAUUACAGAAUAAAGAAGGCAUCCUUCUAGUAGGUUCGUGACAGCUUGAAGGAGCAACACAUGUGCUUGUAUCAUUACUGAAAAGAAUUGAGAAGGAGAAACCCGAACUCUACGGUUAUCAUUGAGCAGAGAGAUAAGUGUUUUAACCAGAUAUACACGUGUUUCAAGGAAUCCAAGCAAGAGUUCAAGGUUGGAUGUAGACAAGUAUUGUGCAUCGAUGGUUGCUUCUUGAAGCAUAAUUUGGAGGGCAACUACUUUCAGCAGUGAGUGUGGAUGCUAAUGACCAGUAUUAUCCAGUUUCUUUUGCUCAUGUUGGAAUGGAGAACAAAUGAACAUUGGGAGUUGUUUCUUGAGCUGGUUGGUGGCGAUCUGAACAUAGAGGACAAUCCUAGAUGGUUAUUCAUGCCAGACAAACAUAAUGUAUGUCACAUUCAGUUUCCUUUUUUUGCAAUUGGUCAAGUGAUAAAGGCUGACAUUGUGUGUGCUUGAUGUGUUCAGGGUCUCAUGCCAACCCUUCACCAACUAUUCCCCAACUGUGAGAAGCGCCAUUGUGCAAGAUACUUGUGGACAAAUAUCAAGGGGCUCGUGGAGGUUCCCAAAUGCUCAAUGACCUGUUUUGAGCAGCAGUUAGAGCGGUUAGAGUGCAUGAGUUUCGACAUGUAAUGCAAUCAUUGGCUGAGUAUAGCAACCCUCCUAUGAUUGAUUGGUCGAAAAACCCUUCUUCCAUUGGACCAGGUCACAUUUUCUUACUCUCACCAAUUUCGACAUACAUACCAGCAAUAUUGUUGAGAAUUGGAAUAAUGUGAUAUUAGAGGA